AUGCUGCUUAUGCUCGUCCCCGCUGCCAUGGUCGCAGGCUUGGACUCGCAGCCGGAACACGAUGGGUUCACCACGUACUGUUGGAAAAGCAAAGGCAAUCCCCUUGCCAAGGACUUGAACGAGACCAUGAAGCUGGUCGAGUCCCAUGGCCGCGGUUGUCCGGUCCAAUUGCGAUUGGAAACCACGGGAACGAUGGUCACUAAGGACGGGGAACUUGUCGUGGGGGUGCUCGAGGCCCUGCGCGUCAAGUGGACGGCGGUGGCGUCCGACGUCACAUCUUCGGCCAACGCGUUCAAUCUCACACGAUUCUACACGAUUGUGACGCCUAUCUCGCAGUAUGUACAGAUUCCGCACUCGAAUCUCCACGCAUGCGAGUUUGGGCCACGUCCGUGCACUCCCUUCGAUCGCGGUGAAAAUCCCACCGACAACACGCCCAAUCAAGAAAUGAACUUUACGACCGGGAAGGCACAGUUUGAAGAGCCCGACCUACGCUUCUCCAAGCCUGGACAGUACUCGCUUCUGGCGCAUGUGGUGUUGCCAGGAGAAGCCCCGUCCAUUCGGUACGACUUUGUCGUGUACAAGAAGAUCGUAGUGAAGGAUGUCGCACCGCCGCCGCCUCCAUCGGAAUCGGUACCUGUGGCAUCUACGAACAACAAAAACACGCUAUAUGCAGUGCUGGGCUGCGUGGCUACCCUCGUUCUCAUCGCGGUUGCCGCCCUAGUGGUCAACCUGCAAAAACGAAAGAACUAUGCGAGUUCGAAAGAAGUGGACAUUGAGGAAGCGACAACGACGGUGCCAAAUCUUACCACGUCGUACCCGUCAACGCAUAAUAGACCCGACACGAUCUACAGCCAAGACCAAACGUUCUCGUUUGCACCGUCGUCAGAGCACUCGAGCUGCUCGGAUCGCCGCAUGCGGCCACCCAUGUCCACCUUUGAAGUGCGCUUGGGUCACCACUACCACCAACCGCCACCUCUCCCUCCUCCUGCUCACCGCGACCAAUUCCAUUACGACGACAUCGAAUACAGACAGCCGCCGCCGCAAUACGACCCCGACCGCAUGUGGACGACGGGAUGUGCCGCGUUGGAAUGGUGUCCAUCUGCAGGCUCAUUUGACCUUCAUUCGGCAGCUCUGCUGCACGGCCUGUCGAAGUAUCAUCGCGGCGAGUUCGAGGACAGCCAACGGUCCUUGACUCAAGCAGUCGAAUCGGGGACUGCGACUGUGAUGUCUGCACAAGUCAAGCAUUCCUCGGGACGAUUGUGGUCUGCGUAUGAGUCCUUGCUGAAUAUGACGUCGUGCGAAGAUCACCAGCAGGCUGCGCCACAUCAGCACUGCCUCGGUCGAUGGUACGUCCUCGCUCAAGUUUACAUUGACCUCGGCUUGCGUGGCAAAGCCUGCGACUCCCUUGCAUCCAUACUCCAAUUCAAUCGGUGGCACAACGGUGCUAGAGCACUCUCUUCCACUGCUGGAUGUCCUCGAGUCCACGACGCAAUAGCUGAUGUCGCUUUCGUGCCGCCCGUAGCGUUCCCGUGGUCGCGACCACUUCACCAAGACGACAAUAUUCAACAGUUGCUACGUACGACGAAUUCCCGCAGCGCCAUGAUGUUAGGAUGCCUCGAAGAUCACUUGGUGGCUGCGUCGAUGGAACGCGGCUGCGUGCCAGUUUUGCUCAACCUUGGUGCCAUGAUGCAUGCGCGAAAGCACUACGCACGGGCGUUCGAGUAUUACAUGCAAGUGUUAUCUCUGGAUCCAUCACACUCGAUCGCACUGUCAAACUGCCAUGCCAUGUGGCACUCCAUGACCAACUCCUACGAGCCUUCAGUCAUCUACCUGCACAGCGGCGCUCGGUUGGAUCAUCGACUGCUUCCAGAGAUCCCCACACCGGACGACUUGGACGCCCUGGCGCUGCAAGCUGCGGACGCACACGGGCGCGGCCGUCGCCACAUUGCGCUUGCCAAACUGACCAUGUUGGUCUUGUUCCAGCCGCACAAUCCGUUUGUCCUCAACGACCUCGGUGCGGUGCAAUUUCAAUUGGGCCUUGUGGGCGACGCCAUCCAGUCGUUCCAACGAGCGUUGACAUUGCACCCAAGAUACACCCAAGCCCUCAAUAACAUUGCCACGUUGGCUCAAGAGCAAGGUCAGAACGACGUUGCGUUGAGUUAUUAUGGCCGCGCCAUGGCAGUGGAUUCCACGGAUGCGCAUGUUCGCUACAACAUGGGCAACACACUGAUGGCCAUGAAGCGUUACGACCACGUCGUUCGCAUGUACACUUUGCUGUUUGGUUUGACAGAGGUCUUGCACUGGACGGCCAGUGACAUGGCAGAGCUAGAAGACAACGACCGCAGCCUGUCUCGCCAGGUGCUACAGCCCCUCGGCACAUUGGUGGCUGCGAUGCUCGUAGCCUAUCCAGCGCACAUGCGAUUCAACUGCGUGCAAUCCGUCCUCACCAAUGAAUUCGACGUGCAUUUUCGCCUCAAUACCAGCUUUGAACAAGUCGUCCGACGCACCCAGCUGGCCUACGACAGGUCCUGGAACGUGUUUGGGUUGGCGCUCCAAGCAACGGUAUCUUCAUUGACGUACAUCUAUUGAUGACUAGUUGGUGUCGAUUGCAAUGGAAACGCAUGGGUCAAGUAGGCGGCGAUGCCCCGCCCCGAACAAGUGUAUCAAGCGAUUACAACCAGUUGUUCUUCAAUGAUCAACAAAGACAACGAGCGGCAUGCACACCACUUCACAAGGCUAACCCCCCCUCAAGAUCCAACGAUCCAGCGGACGAGCCAAAACAUAACCAUCCUCUCGCUGGUAUACUUGGCGGUACAGUACUACCGCACGGCAGACGCAAGUCGCCAACUCGAACUGGACACGUGUUUGCGAUCCAACUUGGCCAACGACCACAUUGCCCAAGUGCAUGUGCUAGUGGAAGGCGCCCCCGGAGACUUGACUCCCUUCGUCAACGGUCAUGGGGGCUCCAAGCUUCACGUCACGGUCGUGCCUGAUCGAUUGACCAUGCGCGCAGCGUUGGAGUACGCCAACAAGACUCGUCCGCAUGCUCAGUGGGUCAUCGCAAAUGCCGACAUCCACUUUGAUUCGUCGCUACGUGUGUUGGUCGACGGGCCGCGGCUGCCACGGAAUCAAGUUGUGGCACUCACGAGGUGGCAAUACAACGAAGUGUUGAACGAGGUGAUGUUUCACCCCCGCAUCGACUCGCACGACGCGUGGGCAGUGUUCCCCGCCGGUCUGCCGCGGGCCCUGUUGCCGCAGGUGGACUUUUACUUGGGCUACUUGCGCACGGACACGCGAUUCGUGGCGGCGCUCUACGCGUGCAAUGUGUCGGUGGUGAACUGGGGGUUCCAAGUCCGAGCGAUCCACAGGCAUGCCGCCACCCAUCGAGCGUACACGUCGCAGCACACAGCCUGGGGUGCCGACGCAUACCUGUUGCUGUCGUUAUUUAGCCACGACAGCAUUAUUUUGACCGCUCCUUAAUAAUCAAAACGUCACUACCACAA